GGCACCGCGGGCCAUGCGCCCUUUGGGGUUUGCAGCGAGCUGGGAGCAGGCUGUAAUGGCGCCCGGUGUCUCAGCUUUGGGGUCUUUGGUAGCGGUGCUGUACGACGCGCAGGCUUUCAAGUUUGGGAACUUCGUGCUGAAGAGCGGGCUCUCUUCCCCCGUCUACAUCGAUCUGCGGGGCAUCGUGUCUCGACCGCGUCUUCUGAGCCAGAUUGCAGAAAUUUUAUUCCAAAGUGCCCAAGAUGCGGGGAUCCGUUUUGACAGUGUGUGUGGAGUACCUUACACAGCUUUGCCAUUGGCUACAGUUAUCUGUUCAACCCACGAAAUUCCAAUGCUUAUUAGAAGGAAAGAAACUAAGAAUUAUGGUACUAAGAAACUUGUGGAAGGGGCUGUUAAUCCAGGAGAAACCUGUUUGAUCAUUGAAGAUGUCGUUACCAGUGGAUCUAGUGUUUUGGAGACUGUGGAGGUUCUUCAGAAGGAGGGCUUAAAGGUCACCGAUGCCAUAGUGCUGCUGGACAGAGAGCAAGGAGGCAAGGACAUGCUGCGGGCGCAUGGGAUUCGUCUCCACUCGGUGUGUACAGUGUCCAAAGUGCUAGAGAUUCUUGAGCAACAGAAGAAGAUUAAUCCUGAGAUGGUCGAGAGAGUGAAGAGAUUUAUUCAGGAGAAUGUUUUUGUGGCAGCUAAUCCUAAUGGUUCUCUCCCUAGUCUUAAUGGUUCUCUCCCUUCUGUCAAGAAAGCACCUAAAGAACUCAGCUUUGGUGCACGUGCAGAGCUGCCAAGCACCCACCCACUUGCCUCGAAGCUUCUCAGGCUUAUGCAAAAGAAGGAGACCAAUCUGUGUCUGUCUGCUGAUAUUUCCGAGUCCAGAGAGCUGUUGCAGCUAGCAGAUGUGUUAGGACCCAGCAUCUGCAUGCUCAAGACUCAUGUAGAUAUUUUGAAUGAUUUUACUCUGGAUGUGAUGAAGGAGUUAACAACUCUGGCAGAACGCCAUGACUUCUUAAUAUUUGAAGACCGCAAAUUUGCAGAUAUAGGAAACACAGUAAAAAAGCAGUAUGAGGGUGGUGUCUUUAAAAUAGCUUCCUGGGCAGAUCUUGUAAAUGCUCAUGUGGUGCCAGGCUCAGGAGUUGUGAAGGGUCUGAGAGAAGUAGGCCUGCCCUUGCACCGAGGGUGCCUGCUCGUUGCAGAGAUGAGCUCCGCUGGCUCCUUGGCCACUGGGAACUACACUGAAGCAGUGGUUAGAAUGGCUGAGGAGCAUCCUGAAUUUGUGGUUGGUUUUAUUUCUGGCUCCCGAGUAAGCAUGAAACCAGAAUUUCUUCACUUGACUCCAGGAGUUCAGUUAGAAGCAGGAGGUGAUAAUCUCGGCCAACAGUACAGCAGCCCACAAGAAGUUAUUGGCAAACGAGGCUCUGAUAUCAUCAUUGUAGGCCGGGGCAUAACAACUUCAGCCAAUCGUCUGGAAGCGGCUGAGAUGUACAGAAAAGCUGCCUGGGAAGCUUAUCUGAGUAGACUGGGUGUUUGAGUGUCUCAGAUACGUUUUUGUGAAGGCCUUGAAGAUACAUGGCUUCCUGAGAUUGAAAUAAUAAGCAGCUUUAAUACUGCUUGGGUUCUUCCACGGUUCCUGUGUUGGAAUGACUUGGGGAGUUACCGUGGUCCUUAGGAAACAUUGAAUGACUUGUAAUCCCUG